CCCGAUCGAGAAAGAUAGAGAGAUCUCUCUCCAUUCUUAUCCCAAGAAGCAACACUGGUUUGAAUUAGUUCAACAUGAUCAACAUCAUACCACUAUCAUUUCUGUCAAAAAUGGGUUUUUAUGACAUUGAAAUACACAGUGCAAACAGCAAACGUUAAGGUAAGCUUAGUCGAAAAUCUUGCUUUGGUUGAUGCUAAGAUAGAUGAGUUCAGAUCUUCAUUACAAACUUCCGAAAGGCAAGUUGUAGGACUCGACAUUCAGUUUGUCAAAACUUACGGGAAUUUAAAUAAAGGCAAGUUUUUGCUUCUUUGUGUUGGGAGUCAUUGCUUGAUGAUACAAUUACCGGACUCGAACGCUGUAACUAAUACCCUCAGGAAGUUUCUGUCUGAUGAGAGUAUUUGUUUUCUGGGUACUGGAAUGAGCGAGAAAGUUACAGAACUAGGCUGCCUUUAUCUUAACGAAUGUGGUGAAGAGGAAGCAAUGCCACGUGUAAAUUGUAAGACAGGUGUUGAAGUAGACUAUUUGGCUGCUAAAAUUCUGAAGAAACCCAAUGUUGAGCAGUAUGGGUUAGUGGAGUUGGUUGGUGAAGUUGGAAAUGGAUAUAAAGGAACCAGAUAGUGAAUGUCCUGACUGGAAUGCUAAGGUGUUCUCACAUGAAGAUGUCAAGUAUGCACUGCACAAUGCCUAUACUUCUUAAGUUAUUGGCAAUAAGGUCUUAAAUAUGCUCUAAGCCUCUUAAGGCCAUCUUGUCUAUGGGUUUGACUGCUUUAAUUCUGUGUUGUUAGUGUCCACAUUAGAGCUAUAUAUGCUAAUGUUACAGA